UCGCGUAUACCAGCCAAUGAGAGCACGGUAUAACGGAAUCCCUCGCGCUUCCAGAGCGCAGUGCAGACUCGGCAUGCACGCUCCACAUGGCUACAAACUCAUAGUCACUUGCUGGACGCGUGGGUCUGAAGAAUGAAUAUACACGACUAAGAUUUCAAAAUCAUGUCAACCACCGAAAACUCCGAAAAUGAAACUCAAAAUCAGGCAGAGAAAAGUGCCUACCCGGCAAACAGUGGAAGUGGAACCGCGAAUAUKUCGGACACUAUUGUGCAGGUGGGAGCGACAGUCAAAGCCCCGACACCUUCUGCCAGUUGCCCUGCAAUGCCCGCCUUCAUUUCGAAAGGUACAACGAAAGACCCCGACCCUGCCCAAACCCAGCCACAGAACGCAAAUAAUGGAUCCAGUGCCACCCAGCUUCCGUUGUCCGUGAUGCAUGUUGCACCUACUACCGCCACCGUGACUGUCGCACCUGUCCAGGCAAGCGCUCAACCGGUUACGUCAUCCACAACCAUAAAGUCAGUCGUGAGCAACCUGCCUCCAACGGUGUUCAUGAUAACCACGGGACCGAGACCCAUUUCUCCGGUGGUUGCGGGACCGAGAGUGAGCUCUCCAACGGUGACCAUGAGCGCACAGCCACCGGCGCGCAUGAGCUCUCCUUUGGGACCAGCGGUGACUCGAGUUGCCACCGCGACCCAGGCACCGGGGAAGGCUGCAGUGAUGGCCAUACCAAGACCAACAACUUUUCAGCAACCAGCUGCAUCGAUCAGACCCCCACAGACCACGUCUGUCCAGCUUCCAGCCAACUUUCAAAUCCCGCCAGGCAUGGUGCUCAUCCGUAGUGACAGUGGCCAACUGAUGCUGGUGUCCCAACAAGCUUUGGCUGCAGCCCAGGGCCUCGCAGCCAGAACUCCUGGAACUGGGACCUCCCCUAGCCCUAGGCCACCAACCACACAGGUGUCUGCAGCGACUGUCGUGAGAAAAGCUGAGAAUCCAGGUGUGAUCAGAGUGCCUCCUCCUAGCCCCCAUGUGACCACAGCACAGAGUACACCCUUGCUUAAGGUGGUAGGGGCUGCUCCGACCCCUCCUGCAGGCCAGAUCCCCAGGCCUAUGAUCCGCCCAGUGGCCCCUGUCACAGUCACCCGUUCUCCUGGCCCUGGUCCUCUCAUCAUCCAAACCAAACCCACCAACACCCCCAGGGCCACACCCCCCACCAUCACACCUGAGGUCCUGGAGAAUGUGAAGAAGUGUAAGAACUUCCUGGUGACGCUGAUCAAGCUGGCCUCUAGUGGAACCCACUCUGCUGACAUGGCCAAGAACGUCCGAGAACUUGUCAAGAGCCUGCUGGAUGGGAGACUUGAACCUGAGGAGUUCACUGACCAACUCUACCGUGAGCUCAAGUCUUCUCCCCAGCCCUACCUGGUACCCUUUCUCAAGAAAAGUCUCCCAGCUGUGCGGCAGCUCACCCCCAACCCACAGCUCUUCAUCCAGGAGGUUGACCAACCGAAGCCACAGGCUCCAGCCGCCUCCAAGGCCCCGGCAUCCAAAGCCCCGGCCCCCACUGCAGGCCGCACCCCUACCCUCCUCUCCACCAACUCUAGGCCUGCCCACCUCAGCACUGCUAGUGGCCAGUCAAUCAAAUCCACCCAGCUAGUGAUCCAGCAGCCUAGAGGUGUGGUGUAUAAGCCUGCUGUGACAAACCCCGCCCCGGCCCGUACAUACCUGUCUGUUCAGAACAGGAGCCUGGCCAAACCUAUGGUCAUACAGUCAGGACAGCACUACAACACAGGUGCUGUUGUCAGACGGACUCCUUUCUUGGUCCCGCCGCCUCCAGCCCAGAGACACCCCUUCAAGGACAGUGUUGGUUCUUUCAGGGAGGAGGAUGACAUUCAACGAUGUGGCCUCCAUGGCUGGGUCAACGUGAGCGAGGAGAAUGCGCGUAUCCUAGCAACCAACUCUGGGCUCAUGGGCUCCGUGGAACGACCUGUCAGGACAAAACCCUUCCUGUCCCCAGCCCCCGCUGCUCACACACAUCCUCGCACACCAUUACCCACCAAUCCCUCUUCUGUUGCUCCCACAAUCCUCAUGCUCACAUGCAUCCUCUACACCGGUACCCACAAUCCCCUCUACCUGCACAACACACACCCUCACACCGGUACCCACAAUCCCCUCUCACUGCUCACACACAUCCUCCACACUGGUGAGAAGUUUGGAUUGUCCGAGGUGGGGUCAGACGUGGUCAGUCUGGUGUCUCACGCCACACAGGAGCGUCUCAGAGACCUGUUGGAGAAAGUCACAGUGGUGGCACAGCAUCGCAAGAUGGUCCUCAAGGAGGACUACAGUCACGUUCAGACCAGUGACGUGCGUUCCCAGCUCCACUUCCUGGAAGAGCUGGAACGUCUGGAGAAGCAGAGGAGAGACGACGAGGAGAGGGAGACACUGCUCCGCGUCGCCAGGAGUCGCUGUAACACUGAUGAUCCAGAUCAGCAACUACUGAAACAACGGGCCAAAGAGCUCCAGCAGUUGGAGCAGGCUCAGCUGCAGCACAGAGAAGCCAACCUCACUGCCCUGGCUGCCAUCGGACCUCGCAGGAAGAGACCACUYGACUCCAAUGGAAACCAGGUGGGGCCAGGUGGCAUUAUGUCAGUACUACAGAGGGCUGGGGUUCAGAGAGUGACUGGGGUCUCUCUGAGGGACCUACUCUUCUGUCUGGAACAGGACCCUCCUCUACGACACUCUCUCACUCUCUACAAGGGCCUGCUCAGAUAGUAUCUCACACACACAAACUAUCACU